AUGUCUUUCUCCAACCUCUGCAAGGUCGCCCCCGUUGAUGCCAAGGCCCCUACCACCAUCAACACUCCUGUCGAUAUGGCCAACCCCAAGUGCACCUGCAGCUGCGGCUACAACAACAUCGUCAAGUUCACUGGUGUUGCUAAGUCAGACGUCGCUCUUGGAGGAUAA